AUGCAAAUACAAAGAUUAUUAGGAUCAGGUUUCUCACUAAUGGAGCGUCUAACUGUCACAAAGACGAGAAAUCGUCGGUCCAUCGAAGCACCUCACGCUAGAAACGAAACAUUACAACAGUCUUCCAAAAUAUCACCUAAAAAUAACAUAAAUUUCGGUUUUAAAUCCAGUCCUAUUAGAUCCUUAUCGACAAAAUCUCCAGAAAAACGGCGUAGCUCUGAAGGUGCUAGGCCCAGCUGCAUACCAUUGUCAAAAAGAAACCCCGAAAAGUCCACGCGCAACUCGACUUCACCUACUAAGCAGGAAACCGUGAAAGAAACGACAUCGAAAGUAGAUAAUACGAAAUCUAAAUUAGAACCACCCAGAGGGAGGUCUUUACGUAGAAGUCCUGAAAAAGUAAAGAGCGAUUUAGGAAAUUCACGUAAAGAUAAAGUUCAACGAGCUCAAAAAGUUAGUGAGAGUCUUAAAGAAAAUUAUCAUAAUUCUAAAAAAAGACUGACUAGUUUAGAUAAUUCUUCGAAGAGUGAAAAUGCGACUACAAGUUUACCUAGUAAAAUUAUAUUGAAUGUUAGCGUAAAUACUAAUUCCACUGUGGACGCUCAUGUUGGUAACUUAAGCAAUUUAAAGAAUUCUUCAAAAAUGUCUACGCUUCAUGAAACUCGACCACACGCUACUGCGACCACAAGUUCUCGACUCUCGCAGGAAAUGGACAGUUUAGCUGCUUUGACAAAACAAACUUUAGAUAGGGUUAAUAAAUUAUCAAAUAACUUAAAUAGCAAUAAAUCUCAUGUAACCGUACCAGAUCCUCCACGUUAUGAUUCUCUUUUUACACCUACAUCUGAACAAAAAAAUAAUAGUCAUACAUAUAAUUAUGGUCUUACAAAUGAUGGUCCUAUUGUAAACAGAGGUGUAACUGAAAGAUUAAAAGAUAUAGACACGGCAGCACAGAGAUUGAUCGAUUUUGAAAAACAAUCUGCAAUAUUCUCUGAUCUCAAUAAUGAUUCAUCUAGUCAAAAUCGUCGUGCCGAGGCCUCGUCGACGUGUCAUCACACGCCCGUGUCUAUCUUAAAAAGAAAAUCCAUUCAUGAAGAGAACAAUAUAACAAAUCCUCCUAAUCAUUCCAUUACAUCACCUCCCGUAACGUUUUCACCGAGUGUGAUUGAGUCACGUAACAGUCGUACUGAUAAUAGGAAGCGUCAAGGUAUCCUAAAGAAAAGACGUAGUUUGGAUGAAUCACAGGUUGCACGGAGAAGAUCGUGCAGUCCAGAAGUAUCUUUUGCAGAUGAUGAUUCGCCCGAUACUUGUAAGCCCAUAUUAAAGAAUAGACGUUCAUCUUUAGAAGAUGUCGUGAGAAAUCGAUCUCCAGAUGGACAAAUCCAAGGUAUUUUAAAAAGAAAAAUGAGCCGUGAAGAAGAUCAUUUAAAUGAUGAUGUCUCUCAUGGUUCACCAGAGCCUCAAGGCAUAUUAAAACGGAAAUCUAAUUCAAGCUCGAGUAGCAGUACUACUUCUUCACACGUAUCUAUAGCCCAAGCUGUGCUGCUGGCAGCCGCAGGGGGUGCUGAGAUCGUAGAAGAAGACAAAGAAACCGUUCGGCCGAUACUUAAGAAAAAGAGUUUUUCUGAAGAAAGACCUUCUCCUGAUAUUUUACACCCAGAAACACCGAAACCUAUUCUCAAGAAAAAAACUAGUGAAUUCGACGAUCAUGAUUUUGACUUACCUAAAAAACCCAUCCUCAAAUCUUCAAGAAAAUUAUGUGGCGAUGAGGGGCACACCUCUAGUUUCGAUUUGAGUGAAGAUGAUAGAAGUUCACGGAGAUCUUCAUUGCUUAGAUCAAGGGCAUCAGAUUAUUCGGGUUCAGAAUGCGAGGCGCCAGUUAAACCAAUUUUAAAGCAGAGAGGCUCGAGUCUCACUAGGGAACGCAGCCAAUCGCCACGCCCACGGCUUUCAUUUUGUGCAGACAACGACGUGAAUAUUAGUGCGACGAAUUUUAGUAGCGACGCGAACGACUUGUUGGCGGCCGGACCGCGGCGAGUCUUGAAUCUCGCGUCCGAACCGGAAGAAAAUUUUCCAAGUGCUGUAAUUCGACGGAGAAAUCUACGACCUAAAGCGAAUCCUCGGUCAAUGAGCUUAGUGUGUGACGUAAACGAUGAAUUACUCUCGAUUUUAAAUAAUCGCAGAUUGAAAGUAGAUGAAAAUUGUGAAAACGGCCACAGUGAUUGGGCUAGGGACAAAUGUGAAAUUGACAACAAUCCCAAAACCUUUCCUUCAAUUGCGUCUCGAAUAAAGAACAUGGAGGAGGCACUGACAAAAGACAAUUUUCUAAAAGAUCAACCCUCAACGUCUAAAGUGAGGAAUCGAGAUAAAGAGCGUUACAAAACCCAACCAGUAACCAUAGACGAAAUGAGAUCAAUUAAUUACAGUUUGGAGCCGGGCCAAGCGAAUUUCCAAGCGUUCGGCAUCGCGGGCUGUAGUUUUCCAAAUCGUCCCGUCGAGUCCGGUGCUGUUCUCUCGGCCAAGGGCCCAUACUUAGGGGAACCUGAAAAGGAUCCUUUCGCAGACCUCGAACCACUACCAUUUAAUUCCAAUUUAUUCCACACGAACCUUCCAAUUAUUAAUGGUGUUUCGAAGAAUGCUAUUCUCAAGGACGAUAGUUUCGGUGAAGCAACUUUUUUAGAUUUCGAAAAGAUUUGCGCUGACAGUGAAGCCAAACAAGCAACACUUGAUGAAAUCGAACAAGAAGUAAACAAAGUUCGCGUGGCUUUGGAAGAAGAUAGCCGCGCUCUGGACGAAGAGGAUUGCAAUCAAGUUGAAGCCGACAACUGGAGUCUGAACGUGUCUUGUGAUAGCGGGGUUUAUAAUCGCGCUUCUUCCCGCGACUCCGGGCCGCAUUCUGGCGAGGAGUUGGGUUUGAUUGAGAGUCAAGAAAUACAUGAAAACCACGCAACGAACAGUAGCAACGACUGGUCUUCACCGUCUAUUGAACAAGACCUUCUCAAGAUGGAACGUGUAAGAAAGUCUACGGAGAACGAAGUUCUCCAAAGUCUCGAAGAGAACGGGAGUGAUGAGGAGAACAUUAAUAAUUCUUCCGGAUUUGCUCUUGGGUUAGUGAAGAGUAAUAGUGUCGUCGCAAGAGCCAGCAUGUGGCAACAGCUUCAACAACAAGCUAAAGGCACACCGAAACCAUUGAUUCGUCACAGUCGCUCAAAGGUAAAGGAGGGGCCUUCAGUGACGGAUCGGUUCAAAACUCAACCGAUUGUGAUGAGAUCUCCAGAUUCCACGAGUCCUUCAAAUGAAAUAUCUCUAGCUCAGUCCAAAAGCACCGCUAAUGUCCUCGAUAGAGAUGAAGACGCUAAGUUAGAUGAAGAUGAUCCGGCGAAAAUGUCUCUAGCCGAGAAAAUGAAGAUGUUUAAUGCGAAAUUGACCCAUAAACCACCAGUUUCUGGUCUACCUAAGUCCAAAGAUGACAGAGUGCCUCGGGCUUCAAGGUUAAGGACUAUGCCAGUUCUAGCAAGCCAAGUACAAGAGGCCAUGGAACAAAAUGAAAGGCUAACCAAAUCUCUAACUCACGAAGACGUACCAAGAAAUACAGAUUUUCAACUAAAAAUGGAAUUAUUUAGAUCAGCGAGCGCAAGGAAUACGUCGUUAGAGUAUCUCAUGAAGCAGAACGCAAAAUUUAGAAGCUUAGAUCUGGAUGACGAUUCACCAACAGAAAGGGCCCAAAGAAUGAUAACGCCAGAAGUGAGGGGAAUUUUGAAGUCAGGAUCUACUGUAGUGCCUUCUAAGCCAAAUACUUUGGCCAAAGGGGAAAGCUCUGAGGGUCUAAAAGACGAAGGCAUAGACAGUUCAUCCGACGAUGAAUCAUCUGCGUCCAGUGUCUCAUCAUCAGAGAAAAGCUGUUCCUCUUCAGAUAGUUCAGACGCAAUACCGGACCCUAAACCUAGAAGAUUUCAAAGGAAAAACAAUAAACUGAAAUCAUCAAGAACAGAUUCAGACCUAACCAGGCUUCAGGACCCUUUCCCUAGAAAAAUACAACUACCAGGAGCCAAUGAGUUGAAAGAACGUCUCACUCAAGCGAAAAAUCCAGACGUUAAAAUUCCAGUGUUAGGUAAACUUGGUCGAAAACCAUCUGAAGAAGCGAAAAUCGAAGAUGAUAAGACAAGGUACAGGCGGUUCGUGAAGAAAUUAGAUGAGCCCAUACAAUUAGCGAAAUUACGGCGGCCGGUGGAGAAAACGCCGUGUGUAGAAGAAAAACCGCCAAUAUUAAAGAUUUCCUCGAUAAAUCAAGCCGCGAAAAAUAAAUUCUUUGGUCUGGAACCGAAGAAGGAGAAAAGUGUCGAUGAACUGGCAGCGGCAGUUAGGAAAUACAUACCAGUUGUCAGUAAGUCAGUGUCCAGUCACGCGAUGGAGAUAGGCGGCUCGGGCAGCGAUGGCGAGUCCAGCGGUGGGCGGGAAGUGCGACACAUCAACACACGGCGACAAAGGUUUGGCGGUGGCGUGCAGAGAAGCGCCACGAACGCCGAUAUGCCGAAUCGAGGUGGCACCAUUGCCGAAAGAUUAGCGGCUCUUCAAGCGGCGGGCGCGAACGACUGGCGCGCGAGGGUGUGCCGACUCAGCCCUGAGAGGGAAGAUUCGAAGGCAAUAGAGAGAGCCAAGAACCGGAUCAAUGAAUCCUUAAAUGUUGCUGUUGAUGACAAGAAAAAGGUGCAUAUUGAUGAAAAUGAACUAGGAUCCAACAUCUUAGCUGAUAGAAGAAACAAAUUGGAAACAGCGGCACAGGGAUGGCGGAAACGCGUACCACAGAGCGAUGCCUCCCUAUUCACGGUCGCGGGGCGUUUAGAGCGCGACAAAGUGAACAUCGCGACCCCCCCACUCACACCACCCCCCAUAGCAACCCCGCCAGCUUUAUCCCCCGCAGUCACGCCGGCUGUACCGCCACCUAACAGAUUCAGAUCUCGUAAAGCUCCAACAUCCCCUACCAAUGGCUUUGCAUCGGGCCCACUACGGUCUGCGUCGUGCGCGGUAAUGAGCGCAGUAGUGGACAAGCCAAAGGAAACACCCAAGAUUGACCGCGAAUCGUUCAAACGGAGCCAUUCCGUCAGCGAAAGCAUCAGUCGUGUUGAUGAGAAAGAAGAAAUAUCCGGUGCGGAGAAGACAGGGUGUCCCGUGAGAGUGCCUCGAGCUGAUGAUGAGACCUUCCAAGCGUUCUUCACUCCUGCCUUGCAACAAGAGAAGACUCAGUCUACUGACGUCGAAGUAGACUUGGAUGCGAUUGAUAGCGGAUCGAGGCAAUUGUUAGCAAGUGAUUGGGCUCGUAGGGCCAAGAGGGAGCGACGUCAUGUCGCCUCAAGGAACCCUCUGAGGGCGCUCGCGGCUAGAACUGACCUCAGACAGGAGUACCUCGCACAGCCUCUCACUGUUCGCGACCAGAUGCUAAAGGAGAAGAUAACAGCAAACUGUGGUUUAGCAGCCGAAGCCCUAGCAGCCCUCGCUAGUAAAGAGGACUUCUCCAACGUGGCAUUAAAAAGUGCAAACGUAACUGCGCCUGCGCAAGGCACUAAGUCCCUCAUGUUGCUACAAGUUAAGGGACGAAGACGGGUUCAGACGCGUCUCGUGGAGCCCGUACAUACAAAUGUGAACAGAGGUGACUGCUUCCUUUUAGUCACUCCCGACCAGCUGUUCCUGUAUAUAGGAUUCUAUGCCAAUGUCAUUGAAAGAAACCGAAGCACAGACAUCGCACAACAUAUACAAAACACAAAGGAUCUCGGCUGCAAGAGCUCAUCGGGUAUCAUCAAGAUCGACGAACAAACUAGAAACUUCUCGAACAAGCACUGGAACCAAUUCUGGUCACUCCUAGGCGUAACAGAAGGCAUAGAAGAGUAUAAACCGAUAGAAACCGGUCCCGCAGAUGAAGACGAAAUAUUCGAAACCUGCAUCUUACAAACAAACAUGUGCUACGAAGUUAUUGACGAUGAAUUAGUGCCAAUAAAAGAAUAUUGGGGUCAAGUACCGAAAAUCGCCAUGUUAAACCAAUCGAAAGUCAUUGUAUUCGAUUUUGGUUCGGAAAUGUAUAUUUGGUAUGGCAAGAAUGUGCCCCUCGAGAGUCGAAGGCGGGCUGCCCAACUGGCCCAAGAGCUCUUUGAUGAAGGAUAUAAUUACGAAGAGUGUCAUAUAAAUCCAUUAAAUGCCGCAGAAUACCAAGGCGCAAGAGAUGACUUAAACACAACAAAUAAAUCAGCCAAAAAUCGACCAGAAUGGGCUAUUUUAUCCAAAAUCACACAGCACAUGGAAACCAUAUUGUUUAAGGAGAAAUUUCUCGAUUGGCCCGAUUAUAGUAGAGUAAUCAAGGUCAAACCUCAAGAAAACAAAUCGAAUUCGAUGGAAAUAAACCCUUGCGAUGCUGAGGAGAUGUGGUCCAAUGAAUACCAGGACCCAGAUUUAGUUCUCGAAGGAUCUCACAUAGGUCGUGGAACUCAUUACUACGACAAAGAAUCAAUGCGACACUACGAUAUCAAAACGAAAUCAGUUUGCAAAUGGGUGAUACAAGAGUAUGAUUAUCAAAAAGUAGAAAACGAUGAGGAAAUCGGGGAGUUUUUCUCCGGUGAUAGUUAUAUUAUACGUUGGGAAUAUCAGAUCACAGUUAGUGGACGGGAAUUGAACGGCAAGCCCUCGAAGCACAAUCUCACUGGUCGAGACCGAUGCGCCUAUUUCUGUUGGCAAGGGAAAGAUGCUUCCUCAAACGAGAAGGGUGCGGCCGCGUUAUUAACAGUGGAAUUGGAUAAGGAGAAAGGUCCCCAAGUGAGAGUGGCUCAAGGCAACGAACCCCCCGCAUUUUUAAACCUUUUUCAAGGAAAACUGGUCAUACAUCAAGGAAAAAAGGGGACGGAUAAGAGCAGAUACAAGCUAUUCAUAACUCGAGGGAAUAUAUCGAAUGAAGCGUAUCUGCUACAAGUGCCCUGUUCUGUUCGACAAUUGCGCAGUCGUGGCUCUCUAGUUCUAGUCGACACUGAGAAAGCUUGCCUAUACAUUUGGCACGGAUCUCGUAGUUUGAAACACACGAAGCAAAUAGCCAUCGAGCUAGCAAACAAAAUGGUAGCGAAAAAGCCUAAUUAUUUACUCGGAUCCGAUGUGAAGAUACGUGAAAUAAAAGAGGGGGACGAGUGCAAAGAGUUUUUGGACGGUUUAGGCGUGACAAAUAAAUAUUACAACUCAGUUUUGAAUGGUGGGAAAGACAGUGGCGAUAUGACGCCUAGAUUGUUCCAUUUCACGGACUUGGGCGGUCAGUUCGAGGCCAAUGAGGUGUUGUCGCCGUUGAGACACGAACAACUGGUGACACCCUUUCCUUUUGAACAAAAGGAGUUGUAUUCGGCUUCGCAACCCGCACUGUUCCUACUGGACGACGGCAAGUGCGUGUGGGUGUGGCAGGGCUGGUGGCCGCGCGACACGCACGGGGACCUCGACCCCGCUGAGAGGAACGGUGUAGGAGCAUUUGCAGCGCGUUGGCAAGCAAUGCGAGCUGCCGCACUACGCACAGCCGAAGCCUACUGGCGCGUCUCCAGGAAUCUGGAGGGUGUUGGGGGUGCUGGAGGUGCUGGGGGCGCGUCCCCGGGGGGUGAGCCUGACGUACGCGUGGUGGCAGCCGGCUUGGAACCUCUGGCCUUCACACAUUUGUUUGAUGUGUGGCUCGAGCAUGAUGAAGCGGCUGACGCCAAUAUCGCUCACGGGUACAAAGCGGGUGAAGCGCUCGCGGGCGCUGUGGAGUUGUCGCGUCUAACGAGCUGUGACGCGGUGCUGCCGCUUGCAGCGCUGCAGCGCCGCCCGCUGCCCGACCACGUGGACCCGCACCACUUGGAGCGACACCUGUCCGCUUCUGAUUUCCUGGAGGCAUUCGGCAUGACCAAAGAAGAGUUCGAAGUGCUACCUGCUUGGAAGCAAACCAAUAUGAAAAAGGACGUUGGCCUAUUU